AUGAAACUCCUUAAUCAAACAAUUUCCGCGUUACUUCUUUCCUCGAGUUUGCGUAUCUUAGAAGCUGCCGAAGCCGAAUUCAAUGCUCUCAUUGCCAUGCUGGAGGCUGAUGUGUUGGAACUCGCCAGAAAAGUGGCGCUUCUCUACGAGAACCGCUGCAGCGAAGAUGUUUUCACAGGGUGCGCUCGUAGCAAUUACCACGAGUGCAUGUCGCUGUCCCCCAACCAGACAUGUCCCGGUGGUAAAGAUUAUAACGUCGCAAAGUGUGGCGAUGGCAUAUCCUGCAGCGGGCUCUUGGACUUUUCCGUAUCAAAUGUACGCUUGAACAGUAAGUUGGUGGAUUUCAAUAGCGGCAACCCACUCGAUCCUAACGUCAUUGAUACAGUCUGCUUCACCCAGCAGCUGGACGAGUUCUUUAUCAAGAAAAGGGAAGAGCGGAAGCCAUACUGGGACAAGCUUGGGUUGCAAACUCCACAGAUGUAUUUCGGGUCCCAAAAUGGAGCCUUUCGAAUCUAUCCGGCCAGGCAUUCAGAAGAGUGCGGCCAAUACGAUCCGACAGUCCGUGCCUGGAAAAUUGCCGCCGAUAGCGGUCCCAAGAACGUCGUGCUUGUCCUUGAUACCAGUUCCAGUAUGGGAAAUUACAAUCGUCUCGGACUUCUCCAGGAUGCUGCCAUACGAAUCGUAGAAACACUGUCAGUUGGUGAUCGCAUUGCCAUUGUCCAGUUCUCUUCCCAAGCGAAGCCGUUCGAGAGCAAAGGACAGACUUUUUUCUGGGCCACCAAAGAAAACAAGAUUGCCCUGAAAACGUACGUUGAAGACCUUGAGUUAAAUGAAGGAACGAACACUUUGGACGCAUUCAAUAAAACCUUCGCUGUCCUGGACGACUCCAUUGAUCAAGAACUGCACAACGAAUGUAUAACGGCAGUACUGUUCUUGACCGACGGUGUAGUGUCGCCAGUGAUGAAUGAAACGAAGAGCGAAACAGAAACAAAAAUCCUGGACCUAGUCACUGCCGGAAUUUCCAAUUUGGAAGCCCGAACAAAGCAACCGGUAUUUUUGUUCACUUUCAGUGUCUCCGAUAACAACUCUGUUCAUGAGUUUCCCAAACGACUUGCUUGCUCCACUGGCGAAAACGGCUUCUGGUCCAAAAUUGUCGAUGCAGACAAGAGCUUUGACUCUCUCACCAGUUACUACCGUUUGCUGGCCAUCGCAAUGAGCAGUGUCGAAAACAGGAAUUUUACGGCAUGGGUAGAGCCAUAUAAUUAUGCUUUCAGCAAUAUUCUCGGGACGACAGUUUCGGCUCCCGUUUACGACCAAUCAGGGGUAGCGAUCGGCGUAGUGGGUGUCGAUACUACAAACGCAGCGUUAGACACUGUGCUCGGAGUCCCCAACGGAAGCCAGGAGAGCAUUCAGCGUAUCGUGAGAAGGUCGUUCGCCAAGUGCCCAAACUUCAACCUCACUUUGUGCCAGCGCGAGAGUUACCGCCGCAGUGGUAGCGCUAAAGACGACGCGCUUUGCACGUCAAGUUGCACUGCUGAUGACUUUGUCGUGGUCAAACAAGAACCAUGUGAGCGUACCACGGCACGACCAAGUGAGCUCUUCGUUGAGAACAAGAAUCUCCAGGACGUAUCCUACGCGGAGCGCGGAUGCUGCAUUGUUGGAGAGAGUGAUGCUGCCUCGCCGGGGCAGUGCAAAGCCGUUGCCAACAACGAAGAACCUUCAAAUGAUACCAGCAAUACAACUGGAGUUGAUACCGGAAACACAACUGGAGCUGAUAUCGGCAAUACAAAUGGAGUUGAUACCAGUAAUGAAACAGAAGAUGAUACCGACGAAGACAAAGAGUGGUUAAAAGUCUUGAUCUACGUUCUCGUAGGAGUGGGUUUUUCCCUUCUGGCGGCGGGCUUGAUCUGGGUUGUUGGUCGUUGCACCAAGCGCUCCUUUUUUGAUAGCCACAGGUCGGCUAGAAAUACGGACAUAAGAGAUUUAAGCUGGAAUCGUCUCAAACCCGUGCAACCUAUCAAUACAGCAACUAACCCAAAUUAUGUUUCCCCCGUUGGCUCAGCGCCGCCAUUCGAUGACUUGUGA